UCGAGUUGGUAACACUGAUCGAUACUGAUAUACUGUGGAGAUGUCUAGCUAGAAUUGUUACGAAUGUUAUGUGAUUAUUGCUAAUCUUAUUAAUCUAGUAAGCCUUAGUAAGGCACUUGGUUUAUUGAUGGCGGGAACUAAAAUACUUUUAUACGAAUUUUCACGGCCAGUAGUUUCUGAAAUAUUUUGUAAUUAUAGAGCUGUAUGGACCAAAAACAAGCAUAAAAGAUUAUUCUCAAGCUAUUAUCUGAACGACAUUUUUCUGCGCGAUAUUGAGAACAACAUUUUGCUAAGGAAGCAUACAAAUAAUGUACCAGUUAUAAAAACCCUACUUAAACAACUGCAAAAAAGUCCGAAUGAUAUAGAGCUACAACGAAGGAUUGAAUUUGAACUUGGAAAGCUUCCUAAUGCUACACAUUCCCGUUUGGUUGAUUAUGGUGAAGAAGGGUAUGAAGUAUAUAAUAAUAACUUAGCACCCGCCAAAGCAGAACCAUUUUCUGACGUAUGUAAGUAUUUGAAUGUAUUAAGAAUGGAGCAUUUAGGGCAUUUCGCAGGCCAUAAAAGCUACUACUUAAUGGGUGAUCUAGCGAGUUUAGAACAGUCUUUAGUGAGAUACACAACGUCAUACCUAAAGAAGAAUGAAUUCAAGCUUAUAUCUGUCCCCGAUAUCUUACCAAGUAACAUUAUUAAUGGAUGUGGCAUGCAAACAGAAGGAAACCGUACUCAAGUUUAUAAAAUUGACUCUGAAGAAUGUUUGUCUGGUACAUCCGAAAUGGCACUAGCAGGUUUAUUUUCUGAUCAAGUUAUUGAAGAACAAAGCUUGCCACUGAAAAUUGCUGCUGUGAGUAGAUGUUACCGUGCAGAAACAUCGGGAUUAAAUGAAGAAAAAGGGAUUUACAGGUAUAAAAAUUAACUUUUAAACAUAUUCAAUUUCUUUUUUGGAUUUAAUUUCAGAAUUAUUUCAUUAUUGCAAAAAUAUUUAUAAUAUAAUUAUUUCAAUUUAUCAGUUUUAGUGCUGUUGAAUUGGAAAUGUUCUUAUCUAAUGACAUUACAUAUGUAUAUAUGUAUGUAAUCAAGGAAUUACGGUAAAAUUAUAGUUUAGGUCCCUUAACGAAGGAAGUCCCGAAAAUUAAAUAUCUAUUUAAAUCAUCUUAUUUUGACGCGAAGAUUACAAAUCCGGGGUAGGCUUUAGAAUAAAAAUAAAAAGAGUAUGGGCGGAUAGAUCAGGUUUUCCAGAUGAAUAAUAUGGAAAAAAACGCAAAAAGGAGUUCUACGCGAAAAGUAAUAUUGUCAUAGAGGGUAUAACAUAAUCCUUAACAUCAAUGCUCUUUAACGGAUAUUAAUACUGUUACUUUUGAAGAAAAGUACCGUUUCGUUUUUUCCAUUUCCAAAUAAAAUUCAAACGCGUUUAGUGAGUUGUGCUUAAAUUGUGCAAAGGAUAAAUUAUAAAAGUUAUGAUUCAAGUUUUUAUUUAAAAAAUGAGUGGAAUUUCAACAAAUUUUAAUUGGGGUAUAAUCUGUUUUCAUUUCUUUCAGUUCACUUACAAAAUAUGUCGAUAAGGUAACACUGGUUAUUUGACAUUUUGCAACCAUCUUGUUAUUGUGAAAAUCACAAAAAUUGUAGAAUUAAAAUAUUUUUUAUGAUAUAAUAUAA